AUGGCCGGUCUCCCGCAUGGCUUCCCAAAGUCUCCUCCAUCGCCAGUGCCCGAGGGAGACGAGGAGGUAAGCCCCUUUCACGAUGAAAGGUUCAAGGACUGCCCACAAGCUUCGGAGGUCUUAUCUGGAGAGUCUACCGAUUGCAACUGCAGCAAGACGAGCAUGUCUUCGUCUCAAGGUGGGUCACGAAUCGAGACCCUGCAGACCAGAGCUAGAUCAGCUGGAUGCAAGCUGAGCACACGCGGAUCUUGGCAUCUAGGGGUCCUGGCUGCUGCAUGUGGCAAGUCUGGCACGGCUGCAUUUCGCAGCCGCACGCCCCGUUUCCAAGCUCAGCGCAGGGGCAUGCCUUCUCAGGCACCUCGUGCUCCACUACGAGAAGUUAAUGCUCGAUGUGAGGCGCUUUACCUGGAAGGUCGCUGUCGGCAGUUGAGGCGAGAACAAGGGAACGGCAAAGAGAACGGCAAAGAGAACGGCAAAGAGAACGACAAAGAGCAGAAGCCUCGUGAGUGCUUGCUGUCGGCUGCUUUGCAUCAGGAUGCCUUGGUGGAGAAAGGAAAGCCGUCGAAGGCUUGGGCUGAGGAGGUCCUCCGCCGACACCAGCAAAAGCUAAGCCAUCGUGAGGAACAGCGGCGCUGGAAGGCCUUUGACGACAGCAUGUCAUGUCAUGCAGCCAUGGCGCCCGGAGCAGGGACAACCAGGAGCGACUCCAUCAGCUGGAUCUGCCUUGCUUUGGGAACAUCGCUUCACUUCAUUGUUGUUGAAGAGCCAGAUCCCAGCACACUCUGCCCAGACUAUGACUCCGGACUCCUUCGCCGGCUGCAGAUGGAAGAUGCAUGGGGCUUCAAGGUCCACUACCUCCGCACGUCUGAGGGCAAGCCCCACGAUGAUGAGACAGAGUUGCACAAGCCCUGUGAUUCAGAAGCGCAUGCGGAUGGCGUUGGCGAUGGAGGCAUGAGAAGAGGUGCGAUGGAGAGUGCCCGGCGCGGUGGCCGCUUGGAGCUCUCCACGGAAGAUGACUUGGAAGAUCUGCUCGCGAAAGCGGAUGAGACGGUUCCAGAAUUUGACCCCCAGGAGUACAUUCGACCGGGAAUUACGGAGGCAGAAAUCCUGGAGAUGAAAAGCGCGUUCGACCUGCUCGAUGUAGAAGGCAAAGGCCGCCUCAACCUUGAGGAAGCCAUCGACAACUUGGAGAACCUGGGAUGGGACAGGCUGGAGCAGGAGCCGUUAAUGGUGGCCAUUCGUGCCUGCCGGCGGAAGGGGGUGAAGACGGACUUUGCAGGCUUUAUGGAUGCAAUCGGCCCGCUCCUUGCAGCGACGGAGCCUACGCAGGUGCGCCUUGCUUAUGCCGCAGCCUGCUGUGUUCAGACCCACAUUGCAGCAUAUUCUCCACACCCUUGA